GCACUUACACUUUUCAUGGUAGCUCCAUAUCAUGUAAUUUGACUUUUUAGAAAGUAAGAGAUUGGGAUUCAAAAUAUAUACUUAGUAGUUCAAGAAUUUUAUCCAUUAGACCCACUCAUCCUUGUUGGAAGACAAUAGCUACUUCAAAUAUUGUAUACUACACUUUUUUCAUUGGCCUUUAGAUACUGAUUUUGUAUAUGUGAGAGACAUUGUAUUUAAGUUGAGAAAGUGUUUGACAAAUGUCAACAAGGUAGUCAUUGUGUUCAUCCGAAUAACUCAAAGUUGAGAUGUUGGUGGAGCUUCAUUCACACCAAAAGAUUCGUCCAUAAAAGUUAAGAGUAUCAAUGGUAUUAGAAGCCUAUAAGAAAAAUUGCGCAGAAUUCCAUUACUGUUUUUGUAUAGUAAUCUGUUUUUUUUUUGCAUAUAGUAAACAUUUAGGAUCAAAUAUCUAGGAAAGUAAUCAGUCUGAAAUUUAAAAGUAUUUAAUUAAAAUAUCAAAUAUCCAGUUAUUUAAAUAUAAAUAUAUUUUUAAUAUGAAGUUAUUAAACUUAUAAAUUUAAAAUGUAUAUUAGAAAUUAUUAUUAUUGAAAAUAUUUUAAAUAGUGAAUUUUAUGAAUUUUAUUGUGAUUUAGAGUGUUUUUAAGUUGACUAGAUUUACCCAAAAUAUCUUAAGAACUCAUUAAAAAUCAAAUUAGUUCAGAUCCUCCCAAAAUAGAUACAUCAUUCCUAUAUUAAUGCAAGUGACAUUAAUUUACUCAAAUAAAAGUUAAUGAUUAUUAAAUUUUGAUUUAUUUAAAUAUAAUCUUACCAAAAAGGUGAAAGAAUUGGAUCAAUAAACUUAUUAAGAACUUGUUUAAAAUGGAAAUUAACAAAAAAAAAAGGGUUAGAUUAAUAUAGGAGACAAGAAAGAUCUAAUAAGAGGAACAUGUGAGGGUGUGAAGAUAAUGUCACUGAAAACUUUAUGGGGCGUGUUUACUGAAACCAUGUCGAUGGUGUGUGUAAUAGAUUCGCGAGUCACAUGGAGAGACCGACAUAGAUAAACCUCCCCACCACAAAAAGACUUGAUAAAAUUCCAUAUUCUAACACCGCCCAGUUUUUCACAUUAUUCAUUGUUAAUUUUACAUGUUACAUCUUCUUUUUUAAUCUAAACUUUCUCAUAAAACUAAACUAACACUUUAGCAUGUGACUCGUCUCUCUUGUUCUCAAUCUCAAUACAUGUGUGUGGGUUGAGGAUACUUCAUGGCAGAGGAAAUCUUUAUAAGUUUCAGUGAUUUUGUCUUUAUAUUUUAAUUUAUGAGUUGCAGAUUAUUGCCUAUUUUCACUGCUGGACUACACAUGCAUUUGAGUAAAUUAUGUAGUUGAGUUCAAAACAAUAUGAAACCAGUUUGGACAGAGAUAUUUCUGUAGAAGAACUAGCUAAAAACACAGCCAUACGCGGUCACAUGUUUAUUACAACAACAAUAACGCAUUCCUCAUGCCAAAUUCAGCCCUUAUUUAUUAAUAUAACACUAAAUAUAACAUAUAAGAAAAAAAAACAGAAAACAUAGUUGAUAAUAGAUCUUAUUCAUAACCAAUCUAUUGACCGUUGACUAAUUUUGCUUGAUUUGAUUCUUUUUGUUUGUUUGUUUGCCAUAUCGAGUCAAUACACGUACCACACAACCACCACACUUCCACCCAAUUUCUAUUUUUUACUUUCUUUUCUUAUGGAAAGAGAUAUUCUUGAUUUGUUAUUGUUAUCCAUUCAAAAAAUUUACUUUAUUUUUUUUAAAUUACUUUUUUUUUUUAAAUUACUGUAUUUAAAUCUUCAAGCUAAGCAACCCCUAUUUUCCCAAUCGUCUGCCUAUAUAUAAUUAGAUUUAAAACCUUCAAAAAAACGUAAAUAAAUACCAACUUAGCAUCAACAUCGCAAACACAAACACCAAUCCACACACACACACAAAAAGAUUUUCUUGAUACAUUGAUAAUUCAAGAAUCAAGAAAUGGAGGAAUCAGGGCGUAAAGGAGAUCCGUUUCCAGGUUUUGAGAUGAGUUUUCACAAAGACGACUCCAUUUUCCGGCGAUCUCAAAGCUGCCGGCGGCUUCAGAGAAGAGCUCCAUGUCCUCUCUCAUUACCACCAAGACCUCCUCCUUCCGCAGAAGCUCCAUCUUCUGCGACCGGCGUCUCCACUUCUGCGUUCUGUCAGAACGGCACAGAUCCAAUCCCUCUACUGUCUCCUCUCGUCCUUCCUUCAAUGCUUCAACCUAAUCCCUCCACGACCUCCCACUGACUCUCUUCUUAUAUUUUUCCUGUACUGAGAAUGUUCUCUCAUUGAUCCAUUAUUUAUUUCCUUUUGAUCAUUUUGGUUUUUAUUUGAACUUUUUCAUAGAUUCAAACAUGUCAUUGUCUCUGUUCAGAUUCAAACAUUCACAACGGUCAUGAGGAUCGUUCUCUCUUCUUUCUUGAUCCUGAUGAUAUUGUUAACAUCAUUGAUUAAAUUAUGUACAUAUAGUAUAUGUUAUAUUUAUUUUCUUAUAUAUUGAGCAUCAAAUA